AGAGAGAUAACUGAGAAGCGAGGAGAGAUAUAAUAAGGCAAAGGACGAGAGAGAGAGAGAGAGAGAGAGAGAGAGAGAGAGAGAGAAUGGAAAUGAAGAGUCCUCCACCGUGCCCAAACACAGUGACUGUCCGGCGAAACCCUCCCCGGAAAGCGAGGGCCACACCGUCGACCUGUGUUCCCCUUCCGAUACCACUCUCUUCUCCCUCAAUCCCACAAGACAUCCCUUCCUUUCCCAUUCAAGAUAUUCUCUCAAUCCAAGUCCCUCAAAACCCUAACAUUCUCUCAAUCCAAGUCCCUCAAAACCCUAAUUCAGACCUCUCUACCGCCUCACAAUCAUCAUUGUCCGAAGCUCCACUUUCCGAGAAUUUCAAAGUUUUCUUGAGAAUUCGACCCCUCACAUCGAAUCUGAGUUCUGAAAAGCAUAGCAAGAAAGGAGCUCAAACUUGCAAGUCGCGUACUAAGAACGCUUGGCCUCAAAACCCUACAACGAGAAACGCCUCGAAGACGAAGAUUAAGAAAAAAAGCGAAAUUUGUGUCACAGUGAAUGAUUCCAACUCUGUGACACUUCGUCCUCCACCGGCUAUGCAAGAUGUUAAACGCAUUAAAUCUGAGGUUUAUGAAGGGUUUUCUCAUGUCUUCACAGCCAAUUCGUCUCAGGGUGAAGUGUACGUGAAAAUGGUGAAUCCGUUGGUUGAAGACUUUAUGAGGGGUAAGAGUGGGAUGUUGGCUGCAAUGGGGCCAAGUGGCUCCGGCAAGACGCAUACGGUUUUUGGGUGUCCGAGGGAGCCUGGUAUGGUACCUCUGGCACUUCGUCGGAUUUUUUCGCUGGCCCAGGACAGUGGAAUUCAGUCGUCGAGGUCAUUCUACCUAUCAAUGUUUGAAAUAUAUUCGGAGGGAGGAAAAGCGGAGAGAAUGGUCGAUUUAUCUCAGGACGGAGGUGAUCUAUGCUUGCAGCAAUCGAUGAUCAAAGGGCUCCAAGAGGUCAUCAUUUUUGAUGUUCAGCAGGCUGAAUCUUUAAUUGCUCGUGGAAUGUUAAAACGUGCCACAGCUAUGACGAAUUCAAACAACCAGUCCAGUCGUUCACAAUGCAUCAUUAACAUCCACAGUUCUCCCAACAAGAUGGAUGGAGAAGUUGAUGUUCAAUCCCGAAGUGCUGUGUUGACUAUUGUUGACCUUGCUGGAGCUGAAAGAGAAAAGAGAACUGGGAAUCAGGGGGCUAGAUUGCUUGAGAGUAAUUUCAUCAACAACACAUCAAUGGUUUUCGGUCUGUGCUUGAGGUCAUUGUUGGAGCACCAGAAGAACCCCAAGAAGCCAUUGCAGAAGCACUUCCAAAGUUCCUUGUUAACCAGAUACUUACGAGACUAUAUGGAGGGCAAGAAGCGGAUGUCUUUGAUCUUAACUGUUAAAUCAGGAGAAGAUGACUAUGUUGAUACAUCCUUUUUGCUAAGACAGGCUUCACCUUAUAUGCAAAUUAAGUUUAAUAAUGUUGAAAUGCUCGAUUCACUUUGUAAUAAGAGGCGCUUUCAUACGUCUAAAAGGGAGCAGCUCAAAAGAAUGAAGUUUAGUAGCCUCGAAGCGUGUGUGAUUGAUGAAGGGAAGGAUGCUGGAGACAAAAGCCAACUUCAUGAAGAAGAGCUAAUUCCAGUUCAGAUUAAGGAGGUUGAGCCUUCGAAAGUUUUGGAUUAUUUGCCAAGAGUUAUUAAUUUGGAAACAACUGAUGGGGCAUCCCUAGCGGAAGACUGUAUUGAAUUUGCAAAGAGGGAUAGGGAAAAUCAGAUUAUGCAAGGUUUUGCUAAAGCUUUGUGGAAUGUCUUGAAGCAAUAUAAGAACAAACUCGAGGUGUCUGAAAAUGAAAUCCAGUCUCUCAGAAAAAGCCUUGCCAAUGAAAAGGACAGGUGUUCUGAUUUGGAAAAUCAAAUGAGGAAUUUGAAGCCCUGCUGUUCACGUGGGAAGGAAGUUUCAGUGGAGGUGCCACUGGUUAAAGUUGAUUCUAGAACUUAUGCAACCCCAGAACUGGAACACUGCCAAUCUACUGAUGUGAAUGAGGUAGGAGCAGGAGUAUCUUCUAUAAACCUUAAGAAAUCAGAGUUCAUUGACAGUGACCAAAUAUGUGAUACCGCUGCAAGUAAUUCUGAUGUGGUUGCUGCUUCAUGCCUUGGUGUUGAAAAGUUCGGGCAGGCCUAUCAGAAACAUAAAAAGUUUCAUGGAAAUGUUGAUAAUGCUGAAGUUUUGAAGAAUACACUAGAUAUGGGAAGAGAGGAUACUUGUAUCAAUGAUGAUGCAACAGAUUCAAGCCAUUCUGAGUCGGUGGUCAGCUCGAAGAAUACACUAGAUAUGGGAAGAGAGGAUACUUGUACCAAUGAUGAUGCAGCAGAUUCAAGCCAUUCUGAGUCGGUGGUCAGCUCGAAGAAUACACUAGAUAUGGGAAGAGAGGAUACUUGUACCAAUGAUGAUGCAACAGAUUCAAGCCAUUCUGAGUCGGUGAUCAGCUCUUCCCAGUCACAUGUCAUGAUUAGAGAUGACAACUAUUCCACGGUGGUGGAGAAUCAAUUGCAGGAUGAAGAGGACAAGAAAUGGUUGGAUGAACCAGUAUUGCUAAAGGAAGAUUUAGCAUUUGCCCAAGGAUGUGAUGACGGUAAUGCACCAGAAAAUGAGUCGAAGCUUCCUCAAGGAUGUGACGAUUCAGGGCAUUCUGAGUCCGUGGUCAGCACUUCUCAGUCAUUCGUCUUGAUUAAAGAUGACAGCUGGUCUUCAAUGGUGGAGAAUCAAUUGCAGGAUGAAGAGGACAAGAAAUGGUUGGAUGAACCAGAAAAUGAGUCAAAGCUUUCUCAAGGAUGUGAUGUCAGUAAUGUGCCACGAAGUGAGCAAAAACUAAUUUCUUGCAGCAAACCCCGGAAAGCAGAGAAACCCAAAAGGAGACUUUUACCUGCUUCACCCUCCUUAUUAAAGAAUAUUGUUGGUUCGGACUUCGAGGAUGAGAGAGAGAAAGCAAAGGGAACAAAAGGAGAAAAUAAAUUUGCAGCAGCUGAUGAAAGCAAGAGAACUCAGGGUAGCAUCAAUCUCCGUCAUUUGCUUAAGACCAAUCUUCAUCCCCGGUAAUGCACUUUUGACUGUUGUAAGUUUCAUCUUUUGUAGGAGGGUUCUUUUUUGGAGUAUGUGUGUACCUACAACAGUUAUAUGUACUACUUGGUACAACAAAGUGAUGAUUCCAGAGUUAUUAGGUUGUCCAUUGGUUCACUUGCUUUAGUGUGUAGGACUCACUUAACAGUUGUCCUCUAUUUUCCUCUUUUUUGGGGUUGUAUGCAGGGGAGGAAUCCUUAUGUUUAAAUUUGAGAAUGUAAUUAUAUAUAUAUACACACACACAUUAUAGUGAAUACAAUUGUGAUUGUUGA